AUGCCCUCCAACCCUUCGAACGGGGGCCGUGGCUCUCGACGAGCGCCCUCAAGUGAGUCAUGUGGCAGUCUUCAACGUGGAUUAUACUCACAGAAUUUGCCAGCCAGCGGCACGAGCAACUAUGGCUCCAUCUCCACCGCUAACGCUACCAACGGCGGCUCCGCUGGGCGUCCAGACUACGGGCAGCAACCGCCUCAAGGAAUGGCAGGCGGAGGCCCUGCUGGGUAUUAUGCCAAUGGCGGAUACCAGCCACCUGCCGGCAUGAACGGCAACCCGCAGAACGUCUCUCCGCCUUACAACGAUCCAAACGUCUUCUCUUUCGCGGGAUAUGGGCCUACGCUUGGUCGGGAGGCUGAAAUGGGCGACCUCUCUACUCUUGUCGCACCGCGUCCUCCAGUUCGUGUGCCAACGCAGCAGCAGCAACAGCAGUUUAACCCACCAGCUUCUGCUAGCGGAUACCCUCCUGCUGCGGGUUCGCAUUACCCGCAGCAGAACCCUGCGGCGGCCAUCAAUGGCCAACCUGCUGUCAAUGGCUCAACCUCGCAAUCUGGAAAUACUCACGCCAAUUACAUCGCACAACCGCCUCGCCAACCUCAUCCAGCGCAGCCCCGUCGCCCAGAAGAUUACCGCCGCCAGCAACCCCCCUCGACUCACGGUCGCCGUUCCCGCCACUAG